AUGGACUUGAAAUUUGCUGGUAUUCGUAUCAUAAAACCUGACAAGGGUGGAGGCUUAAUUUUUAUGAACAAUGAUGAUUAUGUUAGGAGAAUGCGUCUCUUAUUGUCUGGUGAAGCAUAUGAUAAUUUUCCAGAAAUGAAAUUAAUGGAGCCUACCAGCAAAUUAGAGGGGUAUAACAUCCCACUGGAACAUCUAUGGUUAUUUAUUAACAAAGCUGAGAACAUUCUGUCUGAUGACACUGAAGAAGAAAUGAUAGUACAAAACAGCUUGAUUUCUGACAUCAACAGAAAUACAGAUUUUACUGAGGUACACUGUCUACAGUCAUCGCAUGGAAAAUGCCGCAAUUCUGACUACAGUGAAGUUUCCCCAAAUGUGAUGUCGCUUGCAGUGCUAGACCUGGUGUUCGCUGAAAACCAACAUGAUAACCAUAUGCAAAGUAAUGAGGACUGUAUCGAGAAAACUGAAUUAAUAAUGCAUCUGACAUCCUGUGCAGAAAAAAGGCACUACAAACAACUUAACGAGAGUGGUACUUCAGUGCUUAAUAGUAAGAAAUUAAAUGCACAAUUAAUUCAUAGUGAGAAAAGGCAGACAAUAAUGUUGGCAAAAUUCAGCAAAGAGAAAUGGCAUAAAUCUGCCAUGCCUGGCAAAAGUUUUACAGGUGAAAAAAGAUCAUCAGUACAGAAACUCUUCAAAAGUACAGGGUGUGGCAAACGUUUUGCACUAAAGUCAGUUAUGGAAAAACAGUUAGUCCACACAGGACAACAGCUAUAUGCCACACAUGACAAAGGCUUUACCCAUAAACCUUUAGCAGGAAAUAAUAAGAGGGGGCACACUCCACAGGAACCCUGUAAGUAUACCACAUGGGGCAAAAGUUUUAGACAGAAAUACUGCAUGCUAAAACAUCAGUAUGACCACAGUGGGCAUAAAUCCUACAAGUGUGCCACAUGUGGCAAGGCUUUUACGUACAAGUGUAAUAUGGUGAGACAUCAGUAUAUACACACUGGACAAAAACCCUUUAAGUGCACAAUAUGUGAUAAGAGUUUUAGACGCAAAAGCACUGUGGUAGCACAUCAGAAUAUCCACACAGAGCAGAAACCCUACAAAUGUACAAUGUGUGAUAAGAGUUUUGUGCGAAAGUCUCAAAUGAGAAGCCAUCAGAUUAUUCACAGUGAACAGAAGCCACAUAAAUGCUCCAUAUGUGACAAGAGUUUUAGACAUAAAAGCACUAUGGAAACCCAUCAUAGUAUACACACUGGGCAGAAACCCUAUAAAUGCACCAUGUGUGGGAAGAGUUUUAGGGACAGAAGAGCUAUGGUAAGGCAUCAAAGUGUCCACACUGGCCACAAACCAUAUAAAUGUACCAUGUGUGACAAGAGUUUUAGACUGAAAGUCACUAUGGUAAGGCAUUAUAGUAUCCAUGCUGAGCAGAAACCCUAUAAAUGCACCAUGUGUGAGAAGAGCUUUAGACUGAAAGGCACUAUGGUAAGGCAUCACAACAAUAUCCACACUGGACGGAAACCCUAUAAAUGCGCAGUGUGUGAUAAGAGAUUUACACAGAAGAGUCAUAUGGUAAGCCAUCAAUAUAGCCACAGUGGACAAAAACCUUAUAAAUGCACAGUCUGUGACAAGGGGUUUGCACACAAAGGCAAUAUGAAAGCCCAUCAGAGUAUCCACAUCGGACUGAGGCCAUAUAAAUGCACCAUAUGUGGUAAGAGUUUUAAAGACAAAAGUAGUGUGGUAAGACAUCAGAAUAUCCAUACUAAUGAGAAACCAUAUAAAUGCACCAUAUGUGAGAAGAGUUUUAAACAAAAAAAUAAUAUGGUAUUGCAUCAGAAUAUUCACACUGGGCAAAAGCCAUAUAAAUGCACAAUGUGCAAUAAGAGUUUUUUACAGAAGAGUUACAUGGUGAAUCAUCUAAAUAUCCACACCGGGCACAGAACCUAUAAAUGCUCGAUGUGUGAUAAAAGUUUUAGACACAAAAGCAGUAUGACAAGACAUAAAAAUAUCCACAUUGAGUAGAAAAAGACAAACUAUUCAAUAUAAAAAAACAGCUUCGAAGAUAUUUGAAGAGAACUACAUCCAAAAAUUCCCAGAUAUGGUGAAUUUCAUAAUCAAAGAAUAAGAUCACAAAAGGGGAGUGUGAAAAAAAUGAUUAGUGAAUUAGAAAUUAAAGAGAAAUUGAAGUGACAGACCAUUUCAAGUGAAGGCUUUAGUGUGGAAACUCCAGUACAUGCAGUGCUGCAAAAUGAUGAAGCAAUGGGUUCCCAGAUGCAGGACCAGCAGGUGGAGCUGGAUGCAUCUGAAAAGGAUAUGCCACAGGGUAUGAUCUCGUGCCUUCUGUAGGAGACCACAAGAAAGUCCAAUUGAAGGUGUAUAAUAAUGGAAGGAGCAGGAAACAGUGGCAACUCUGGCACAUGUAAUGUUGCAGCGUGAUGGGCCAGUGGGUCCCUAUAGAGAGGAGCAACAAAUGAAGCAGGAUGCAUCCACACAAGUUAUGUCACAGGGCAAUGUUCUAGAACAUUCUGUAGAAGACUCACAGAAAACAGAGAGCAAAGAAGAUGCUCUUAGUCCAGACAUCGAUCUAAGAGAAGACUUGCUUGAUUUACAAGAGAUCGGUAUCAAUAUUAAGAUAGAUGAAGGAAACAGAGUAUACAAAGUUAGUAAAACCCAAACAUGUUAUAAAACUGGCAAAACAUAUGAACACAGUAAUUAGGACUGCUAAGAGAAAUGAAUGUAAUAUAACAAAAAUAAAUACAAUAUACCACUGUGCAGCUAAACUAAUAACUGGUGCAUUUUACUACAAAGACCUAGAGUAGCAAAAGAAAGGAUGGGAUCAAGUGGAAUGACACCACUGAAGAAUCAGAUAGAGAAUGGAAUGACACC